GGUUUUCUUUCUUUCUCGACUUGUUCCGAUCGAGAGCUCAAAUUACCGCCUUUUCACUAGAUUUCUCGUUAUUCAAAAGAGGAUGCCGACUGUCAUUGAUGCUCGAGGCACGCCAUCCUCACAGCAGUCUUUCCUUUACCAACAGCAACCUCCGCCAUCACCUAUCGUCACGCCAAAUAUUUUAUCUCAGCAACAACCGCAGCAAUCCCAACCAUCACCUUUACCAUCUUUAUCGUCUUCACCACAACCUCAGCAUCAUCGAAUGAGUUAUUGGGACGACGACCAGGAAACGGAAUCGCUCGGCUCUCGCUACGACGAUGCAAAUCUCGAUUAUAUGGUAUCGCCUAGACCUUCUUCUAGUCGCUUGAAUUCAGACAGCAAAGCACAUAAUGAAGACUCGGCGACCAUGGGUCUAGACUCUUCCAACGGUCAUGACGCUUCCGUGAACAAACGAAAAACAGCCUCAUUAUCUAGACGACAAAGUUCCUCCAACAGUAUGGUCAAGCUGUCGAAAGUCGAUCCGAUGCUCAAUCAAAAUAUGAGAGAAACAUGCACCAUGAGUCACGGCGCUAUCAGCAAUCCCAUGGUGUGUCAACAUUUUCAGUGCCAUAUGAAGCAGUCCAAACAUCACACGAAUGCCACCACGUCCUUAUCCUCCCAUGCCGUUUCUCCGCCGACGCAGGCUUCCUCGUCUUCGGGCCCUACCGCCACUUCCCCGAUACCAACUGCCCCUCACACUCGCUUCAGUAAAAAUAACAAACAAACAAAAUCACAAAAAAAGGAACGAUUAAAACUGGCCAAGAGUGAUUAUGAAGCGAGAAUUGAACGUUACUUUCACCAACUGACGGUGGGAUGUGGCCAAUCCGACUGCACUAACCGAUUCUGCGCAACCGGUCGAGGUGGGAUCCUUAGUACAAAUCCGCAAGCGACCUUGAUUAUUUCAAUCCAGCUGGCUUCCAAGCCAGAAUCUCGAUUUUGUACCAUGAGACAGAAUAACUCGCACACCACGUGUAACAACAUAUCCUCUUGCUCCUCGUCCUCCUCCUCCUCAGCUUCAUGUUCCUCCGAAUCACCGGGUUCAAUAGCUCACGUGCUGUUGGAGAAUUUCGAAAAGCGGAACGUUCGUCCUGUAAAACCUUUUCUCCAGUCGCUUUUCACAUCUGCUGCAUUUUUAUCCAUCUUUGGUAUCACGCCCAAGCAAGAGAAAUCACAUGUAUCAUCAACCCGUCGACGAAAAUCGUCACAUUCAUCCGCAUUUCGAAAAAAUCAUGUUUUUGAUGAAACAAGUCCUGAUCAAGCGCAUUGGAUCUCUGAGAUUUGGUCGAUGCUUGGUUUAAGAGGAAAAGAGCAUGAAGUUUCAUCGCAUGCGAAAAAGGCACAAGAAACAGAGGCCCGUAGCGCGGAUGUGGAUGAAAGCUACUAUGAACUUGAUAGCGAAGGGACGGCGAGUUCAGCAUCGUUAUCUGUUCGUUCACUGGACAGUGUUGACGAUUCCGAUACAAGCGAUGACGAGAUGUUGCUGGCCAUCCGUCCCAUUUCCGUUGGCCUGCAAGGCGCAUUGAAACGCAUGCAACGAUACUCGGAAACAAACAAUGUGGAUCGUAUGUCACGAUGGUGUCGAGGGAUUUUCCAAAAUUGGGAAGGCAUCGGCAACAGCUUUCUCACGUCAAAAGUAUGUGAUAUACCCCGUUUGCCGUAUCCUAUCCAACUGGCGAAUUUGGCCGAUGUGUAUUCCUUUUACAAUACGUUGCUGAAUCGUUGCCAUCACCACGAGAUGCCUGACAACGAUGGUUGGAACCAAUUACAUGGACGAACGGUGGAAGCGGUAUCUGAAAGUUUGGAAACAUUAUUGGAUCGUAUGGAAAUGAACGUCGACAGUCUCGUGGAGAUCACCACAGCCGAAGAAGCUGAUCCCAACCAUUUACGGAUCAUUAUUGAAUGGUGUCGUUCGUUGAUAUGUAUGAUUGCCUGGAUCAAUAGCCAACGGCAAUCCACACGCACGGGAAACCAAUACGCCGAUCCCCUAUUGGCAUCAUCAUCAAGGUCAUGGACAAAGAACGCCAGAAAAAAUACAUGGCCUACAAUUUUGUCAUCAAAGUUCAUUCAAGUAAUGAGCAAAAUCAAUGCAAGUCGAGAUUCGAUGAUACGCCACAUUCUUUUGCAGUUAAUGAUGAAUGUGGAUGAACGUACGAUACACGAUUUGGUGGAUCAUUUGCAACAGCAUUUGGUAGAUCACUUCCACACCGGUCCGUAUAAACAUGGCGAACGUGAUACACUGAUUAUGACUGUCAAGUGCCUCGAGCUUUUUUAUGAAGCCAACGUCACGUUUUCCAUUAUUCCCUUGGACGUCUUUUACAACAACGAAAUCUGCAAAAAGUUGAAUGUGAAGGAUGAAUACCGCAUUUGGAAGCGGGUGCUGCAGCAUGGUGAAGGACGACACUCGGCUUCAGCGAUUGCUUCAAUGAACUCACCUGCAGUAGAAGCGUUCGGUCAUCGUUAUCGACGAUUGAAUGAACAGCAACGACGAACGUGUCUGUUUUUGACGACCACCUCCACUUCGUCUUUGCUACCAUAUCCAUUUGCGAACGAAUAUCAGUUCUCAUGGUUCAGUUAUCCGUUCCUGCUACCUCCGUCCAUCAAGCGCAAAAUUUUACACAUUGAUGCCAUGUCCCAAAUGUCGUUGGAAUACGAAGAUGCAUGCGUCAAUCAUACCCUCGUCGUGCACGCGCAGCGACUGUUAUCGGAUGCACCACGGAUGGUACGCAAUUUGGAAGCCAAUUUAAAAAGCGCGACAUGUCCCUACUUGUUGCUAGAGAUUCGUCGCGAACAUUUCAUAGAUGACACGAUAGCGCAAGUGUCACGUAAAUGGGGCGAUCUGAAGAAGCCGCUCAAAGUCAAGUUUGUGGAAGGUGGCGAAGAAGGCAUGGAUCAAGGCGGUGUACAAAAGGAAUUCUUUGGUGUCCUAUUUGAACGGUUGGUGGAUCCCACGCUUGGUUUAUUCGAGAUCGAUCCGGAAACCCGAUUAUGUUGGAUUCGACGCAUGGUCAAGCCCGAUUUACGAAUGUAUGAAAUGGUGGGGGUUAUGAUGGGAUUGGCCAUUUAUAAUGGCAUCAUCAUGAACUUGCAAUUCCCAAAGAUUUUCUGGAAACUGGCCAUUUUGCCCAAUGAAGCUGCCAUUGAAGAAAUGAUGCAUCGCGGCACGUUAUUUACGCUAAACGAUUUACAGGAUGGGUGGCCCGAGUUGAAGACAGGAUUAUCCGCACUUUUAAAUUGGGAAGGCGACGUGGAAGACGUGUUUUGUCGAAAUUACGAAAUGUCACUUGAUGUAUUUGGCGAGGAUAUAGUCACUGUGCCGUUGACCCAAGGCGGCGAGGCGAUCCCCAUCACCAACGAGAAUCGGGAGAGUUACGUGCGCGAUUAUUGUAAAUAUUUCUUGUAUACAUCGCAGCGUGAACCCAUUCUUGCGCUUCGUCGUGGUUUGUGGAGCGUGAUCGGCAGCACGGCACUGGAUUUGUGCACGGCAGACGAGUUGGAAAUGGUUGCGUGUGGUUUACGAUUGGAUCUGGAUAUGGGAGAGCUGGAAGAAGUAGCCGAAUAUGAUGAUGGUUACUCUGCGGAUCAUCCAACCAUUCAACGAUUUUGGUCCGUGGUGCAUCGGGAUCUUACCGAAGAACAGAAGCGAAAGCUUUUAUUGUUUGUGACGGCCAGUGAUCGUGUGCCCGUGGGUGGUUUGAAAGAGCUUACGUUUGUUGUGCAGCGAAAUGGCCCGGACAGCGAUCGGUUACCUACGGCAUUGACGUGCUUUUGUCGGUUAUUGCUGCCAGAAUACGUGUCACGCGAGAAGCUGCGUGAUCGUUUGAUUACUGCCAUUGAAAAUGCCAAAGGGUUUGGACUUGUAUAAACACACUGGACAAUGGAGAAAAAGAAUAAACACCUUCCUUUUCUUUUUCGAAAAUAAACAACAUUUAGACGG